CGCCUCCGCCCGCUCCUCUCUAAUCGCCCAGCCCACUAGGUGAGCCCCGCCCCCGCGACCCGAUUUGGGAGCUUGGGAUCCCCGCCCCAGGCUUGAAGGCGGGCCAGCCCCUGGUUACCUGUGUCCCCGAUGAUGAUGUACUUGAAGAGAUAAGCAUAAGUCAUGGGGGCGCCAGCUACCUUUCCGGCACGCUCGGCGCCCGACUCGCAGCAGGCCCGCGGCACUCUUUCCAAUCAGCGCCGAGCAACGCACGUCCUUGCGGAAGUGACGGCAGUUCCGAGUCCAGUGGGGGCGGUGGGAGCGAUGAGGGGUCUGAGGCGGUGGUAGCGGUUGGGUGAAGAUGGAGUUUCCCGGAGGAAAUGACAAUUACCUGACGAUCACAGGGCCCUCGCACCCCUUCCUGUCUGGGGCCGAGACAUUCCAUACACCAAGCUUGGGUGAUGAGGAAUUUGAAAUCCCACCGAUCUCCUUGGAUUCUGAUCCCUCACUGGCUGUCUCAGAUGUGGUUGGCCACUUUGAUGACCUGGCAGACCCCUCCUCCUCACAGGAUGGCAGUUUUUCAGCCCAGUAUGGCGUCCAGACAUUGGACAUGCCUGUGGGCAUGACCCAUGGCUUGAUGGAGCAGGGCGGGGGGCUCCUGAGUGGGGGCUUGACCAUGGAUUUGGACCAUUCUAUAGGAACUCAGUAUAGUGCCAACCCACCUGUUACAAUUGAUGUACCAAUGACAGACAUGACAUCUGGCUUGAUGGGACACAGCCAAUUGACCACCAUUGAUCAGUCAGAACUGAGUUCUCAACUUGGUUUGAGCUUAGGGGGUGGCACGAUCCUGCCACCUGCCCAGUCACCUGAGGAUCGGCUUUCAACCACUCCUUCACCUACUAAUUCACUUCAUGAGGAUGGAGUUGAGGAUUUCCGGAGGCAACUUCCCAGUCAGAAGACAGUGGUGGUAGAAGCAGGGAAAAAGCAGAAGGCCCCAAAGAAGAGAAAAAAGAAAGAUCCUAAUGAACCUCAGAAACCUGUUUCAGCAUAUGCUUUAUUCUUUCGUGAUACACAAGCUGCCAUCAAGGGACAGAAUCCUAAUGCCACUUUUGGAGAGGUUUCAAAAAUCGUGGCCUCUAUGUGGGAUAGCCUUGGAGAGGAGCAAAAACAGGUGUAUAAAAGGAAAACUGAGGCUGCCAAGAAAGAGUAUCUGAAGGCUCUGGCUGCUUAUAAAGACAACCAGGAGUGUCAGGCCACUGUGGAAACAGUGGAACUGGAUCCAGUGCCACCAUCACAGACUCCUUCUCCACCUCCUGUGGCUACUGUUGACCCUGCAUCUCCUGCACCAGCCUCAACAGAGCCCCCUACCCUGUCUUCUUCCAUUGUUGUUAACUCCACUCUUUCAUCCUAUGUAGCAAACCAGGCAUCUUCUGGAGCUGGGGGUCAGCCCAAUAUCACCAAGUUGAUUAUUACCAAACAGAUGUUGCCAUCUUCUAUCACCAUGUCUCAAGGAGGGAUGGUUACUGUAAUCCCAGCUACAGUGGUGACCUCCCGGGGGCUCCAACUGGGCCAAACCAGUACAGCUAAUAUCCAGCCCAGUCAACAAGCCCAGAUUGUUACUCGGUCGGUGUUGCAGGCAGCAGCAGCAGCUGCUGCUGCUGCUUCUAUGCAACUGCCUCCACCACGGCUACAGCCCCCUCCAUUACAACAGAUGCCUCAGCCCCCAACUCAGCAGCAAGUAACCAUUCUGCAGCAGCCUCCUCCACUCCAGGCUAUGCAACAGCCUCCACCUCAGAAAGUUCGAAUCAAUUUACAGCAACAGCCACCUCCUUUGCAAAUCAAGAGUGUGCCUCUACCCACUUUGAAAAUGCAAACUACUUUAGUUCCACCAGCUGUGGAAAGUAGUCCUGAGCAGCCUAUGAACAACAGCCCUGAGGCUCACACAGUGGAGGCAACUUCUCCUGAGACUAUCUGUGAGAUGAUCACAGAUGUAGUUCCUGAGGUUGAAUCUCCUUCUCAGAUGGAUGUUGAAUUGGUGAGUGGGUCUCCUGUGACACUCUCACCCCAGCCUCGAUGUGUGAGGUCUGGUUGUGAAAACCCUCCUGUUGUGAGUAAGGACUGGGACAACGAGUACUGCAGCAAUGAGUGUGUGGUGAAGCACUGCAGGGAUGUAUUCUUGGCCUGGGUAGCCUCUAGAAAUUCAAACACAGUGGUGUUUGUGAAAUAGUCCUUCCUAUUCUACAAGUCUGUGAAGAACUUUCUGCUGGGAUGUCCAAGAGCCUGUUUUGCAACACAAGUUGGGCUUCUGGUAGUGCCUGAUCGCAACCCAUGAUGGCCCUUCAUGCUUUCCUCCGUUUCUCCCUUCAACAGAAGCCAGGCUAUGGAGCAGAGCCGUUGAGUUUGCUGUAAUCUGGAAUUGCUUUUUUCUUUCAGCCACAAGCAGGAAUGACAGCGAUAAGAGAGGAAAGGGUAAAGGGAGUAUGGACAAGCAAAACAGGGAUGGUAGGGGUGGUGGUAGGGGUUGAGGAACCAUGUUGGUAUAACUGUCAUAGACUUGCCUAAAAUAUUAUUAAAAUAAUGGGAGAGAACUCAGCUUUGAGCCUAGAGAAAACACAACUGUGCAUCCAUUUUUAAAAGGAUUAAGAAAUUGCAUUAAAGUUUUCCUCUUAAAACAGUUA